CUCUAGCAGCCAACCGGUCAUCGCGUUGGUCAGUUCGAACCGGGAUAUAAAAGAGUGCAGAUUGAAAGGCAAAGAAAAAAGUCCGCGCGUAGUUAUCAGUGACGUGUAAAUAUUUCCGCCGUCGGAUGGAUCACGCUAAAAGUCGGGGGCGAAAGCCCGCUGCUGAUGUUGCUUCUGUUGUUGUUAAAAGACAAGGAGAAUCCAAAUCCUUUAAAGUUCACAUUGCACUAGGAUUGCUACUGGUGAUGCUGUGGUUGUCAUUUCCUACACUUUGCGAUGGCCACGAGCAUUUUGAUGAUCACGACCAUCAUCAUCACCACCAUCAUGAUGAUAAUCCCAGUUUUAAGUAUUCCCGACAAGCUAACGAAAUGUACCAGGAAGAACAUAACCACCAUGAUCAUCAUCAUCAUCAUGAUCAUAAGCACCACAAUAACGUUCAUAGCCACGAGCAUCAUGCUGUGCCGGAUGGCGUUAAACAAAAGAAUAACCCUCCAGCUGACACUUUCUACAUUUGGGUCCACUCCUUGACAUCAACUCUGUUGAUCAGUGCUGCCCCAUUCUUUAUAUUGUUCGCAAUUCCGCUGGAAAAUACCGAAGAAAUGCAACCCCGACUGAAGACACUGCUAGCUUUCGCCUCCGGUGGACUGUUAGGCGAUGCCUUUCUGCAUCUGAUUCCGCAUGCCAUUUCACCGCACAGCCAUCACGGAGACGACGAAAACGGGCAUGACCAUGGUCACAGUCAUCAUCAUCACCACCACGGCGAGGGAGAAGAUAGCGAACAUGGUCACGGUCAUGAUAUGCGUGUAGGUUUAUGGGUUCUGGCCGGUAUCAUUGCUUUUCUGGCCGUCGAGAAGGGGGUGCGUCUGAUCAAGAAAGAUGCAGCUAGCGGAAGUCAUGGUCAUAGCCAUGGAGGUACAGCUCCGAAGAAGGCGAAGGCUUCUCCUCCAGUUUCCCCUUCGAAAAAGAAAGGUAACAAGAACGCCGAAGCGAGUGUUAGCAAAAAGAAGGAAGAAGCCGAAGCUGCUAAAGCUAAGGGAAAGGCCACCAAAAAAGAGCCCAAGAAGAAUCAAAUUCAAAUCGCCGGUUAUCUGAACCUAGCGGCUGAUUUUACCCACAAUUUUACGGAUGGUCUCGCCAUUGGCGCCUCCUAUCUGGCCGGUAACAGUAUUGGUAUUGUGACAACGAUCACAAUUCUACUGCACGAAGUUCCUCAUGAAAUCGGAGAUUUCGCUAUCCUCGUCAAGUCGGGCUGCUCGAAGAAGAAGGCCAUGCUGCUGCAGUUAACUACGGCUGUGGGUGCGCUUGCUGGAACCGUGCUAGCGCUACUGGGCAGUAGCAGUGAUGCGGCCGAAUCUUGGGUGCUUCCCUUCACGGCCGGAGGGUUCAUCUACAUCGCAACCGUUUCUGUGAUUCCCGAGCUGCUCGAGGGUUCCACCAAGCUGUGGCAAUCGCUGAAGGAGAUCACUGCACUGCUGGCCGGCGUUGGGAUGAUGGGGACGUGUAUAAAGGCCAUUGAGGAUUCGUUUGAGGUAUGAGAGGCGCCGCUAUUCACGCUAGAUGUGAGUGUUUUUGCAACAUUCUGAAUGUUUUAUUGUAUGUUACAAGUAACUACCGUUACACACACGCUCUACUUUAUCCAGCCGUUUUUCGAUGUAGUUUAGAUUGUCCACUUCAAGUGUUGUUAUUACGAUUUUUAACAUUGUUAGCCGUAGUUUCAAAUAAAAUAAUAAAAUGCGUUAGCGCAAAAAAGUUAUAAAACAUUCACAAUGUUGUUUCUGCACCAAGUUACUUCAGUUACUUAAAUCCUUACAUGGCAAAAACGUACGUAAGAUUUAAACCAAUAACUAAUAAUUCGGUAUCGAUUAAGAAUAAACUUAUAUAUUUAA